AUGAUGACCACCAGCUAUCCACACAGUGCUGGCAUGCACCCUCAAGGCAUGCCGCAUGGUCACCCCAUGGGAGGUCAAGGUCCAAACCCGGGCCAGCCAAUGCCUCCCGGUAUGCAACAUGUCUCAGGCCCGAAUGGACCUAUGAGCCAAGCGGGGCCCAUGAUGGGCAUGCAGCCGGGCAUGGGCCCGAAUGCGCACGCCAACCUUCACCUCCAGCCUCAGCAGGCGCACAUGUUCCAGCAACAUCAGCAACAACAGAUGAUGAACCCUAACCCCAUGAUGCAGCAGCAACAGCAGCAGCAGCGGACCGCCCAGCAACAAGCCUUUCUGCGUCAGCAGCAGCACCAGCAAAUGCUCCAACAAUCUGGCGGCAUGGGCAUGAACUUUCAAAACCAAAUGGCAAACAUGAGCCAACAGCAGCAAAUGGCAGCAUUAAGAGCUCAGGCAGGACAGAUGGGACAGCCCGCUUUCAUCAAUCUCCCACCACACCUCCAACAACAAAUGCAAAACCAACAGCAAAUGCAGAACGCACAGCAAGGCGGACCUCAACAAGCUGCCGCCAUGGCACAGGCACAAGCCCAGCAUCAUGCUCAGCAACAGCAACAUCAAGCUCAGCAGCUCCAGCAACAACAACAGCAGCAGCAGCAACAACAACAACAACAACACACCAUCGCCAUGCAACACGCUCAGUCGCAAUCCAGUAACCACAGCCAGACCGGUAAUCAAGGGCCGGCGCCCACAACACAAGCCCAACAAGGUCCGCUUCGUCCACCCUCGGCCAUAGGUAGUCAUCAAGGACAGUCAUCGCCCGCACCACAGCCUACACCUCAGCAACAACCUCAGCCUCCGCCUCAGACUCAGCAACCUCUACAGCAGCAGCAGCAACAGCAACAGCAACAGCAGCAGCAAUCAGGCCCUGCUGUUCAGCAGCAACAGACUCCUGCUCCUGCUCAACCACCGAACCUGCCCCAGCAAUCUAAUGCACAAGCUCAGGGUCAACAGAUGCAACAGCGGAACGCAGGUAUGACGCAGCCAGUACAAGCAUCGGCUCAGGCGCAAGCUCAGGCGCAAGCCAAUGCCGCAGCACAGCAGCAAAGGAACAUGGCGACGUUACGGAUGCAACAGCAAGCCCAGCAACAGCAAGCCCAGCAGCAACAAGCUCAAUCUCAGUCUGGGGGACAGGGUACCUUGAAGCUGAUGAAUUUUGUCGAUCAAAUUGGCAAGUUCACAAACGAAGAUCGAAACAGUGGCAACAAGGUGGAGAGGUGGCAAGCGUUCGUCGACAAAUUCUUCAGUGAGACGGGUUCGUUUAUACAUGUGGUCUCCUGGGGAGGAGGGGAAAGAAGCAAGCAGUUUGAGAUUGUGUAUGCCGCGCUCCCACGGUACUUCUACACUCUGUUCAAUACCGAUGUCACGAACCUUCAGAUUAUGCUGGACGGUGCGACUGAGAAAACAUCGCCGCCCGAGCUCAAGGUUACCUGCGACCGGGCAAAGUUCAUCUACACAUACAGAAAUCGCUGCCAGGUGAUUUACCAUGGCAAGCUGACAGCCUUCUGGUCUGGCUCUGACAAGAUGGAGUGGCUUCAAUUUGAGGGCCAUGGCCAUGAGCAAUAUCUGCCGCGUGCUGCGCUCGAGCAACUGUUCCACCAGCCUUCGCCGAAUCAGAUGAACCCCAACCAAUCUCCGCGCAUGAGCAAGGCCGCAAAGAACAAACAGCAGCAGCGAGCGGCCGAAGGCCCCCCAGAACCCUAUCUGCCGAUGUCCAAGCUACCCAGCGCUGGUACAACAGACUACGGCCUACCGCAUGCUCUACAAGGCUAUCUCGAGAUUUAUGAGACAAUGAACAAUAUGACCAGCUUGGUAGCUCAUUAUCUCGAGCAUCCAAAUAUGAAGCCGACAGAGGCUCUCGAGAAUUGGAACGUGAUGAUGUCCAAUAAGGACGCCAUGGCAAAUAACGCGCAAGGGCAAGCAAAUCAAGGCAUGCAGCAGCCAAACAUGCCUCCUGGCGCACGGCCUGGCCAGACUGGUCAGAUGUUCAUGUCCCCCGCCAUGGCCAAUUCGCUGCUACCCAAUGGCGGCAUGAACGGCUCGCCAAGCAUGAUGCAGACGCCAUCGCCCGCCUCGCAUCCCAUGGUCAAACAGCACAGCACAAGUUCGCACACGGCGAGCGUCAACACGUCCCCAAAUAUGAAUAACAAGCGGCGGCGGAGUACAGCAAAGAUUGAAGUGGAUGACAGCGACAUGAAUGGCGGCCCCAAAGUCAAGCAAAGUCCUAGGGUCGGUGGUGGGAAGAGAAUGAAGGGUGGCAACUAG